AUGCCAACAGAAUUCAUCAGCGUCACGUUCCCCAACGCAUCAACGGAGAUCAAUCCGAUCCCCGAUGCUAAGAUUGACCCAGAAUAUCUCGUCCGGUAUGCACGAUCUCUGGAUGACUAUGGAUUUAAUUACACUUUGGUGCCUUAUGAUUCAUCAUACUUUGACCCCUUUACCAUCGGCGCAACCAUCGCAUCCGUGACCAGAAAUCUCAAAAUUAUCAUUGCACUUCGCCCAAAUACCCUGUAUCCAACCGUUGCAGCAAAGGCGCUUGCAACCCUUGACCAACUGAGUAAAGGGCGAGCCGUCGUUCACUUUAUUGCGGGUGGUAGCGACACAGAACAGGCGAAAGAGGGCGAUUUUCUGACCAAAGACGAACGCUACGCACGCUUAGAAGAAUACAUUCUUAUUCUGCGCCGUGCAUGGGAGUCUGCAGAUCCAUUUGAUUGGGAAGGAAAUUAUUAUCAGUUCAAACAAUUUAGCAACAAAGUCCGCCCAUUCAACGGAUCUAUUCCGGUCUCGGUUGGUGGAUCCUCCGACGAGGCGUAUCGCAUUGGUGGUUCACUAGCCGACAUAUUCGGUCUCUGGGGAGAGCCACUCAAGGAAACCAAGGAACAGAUCGACCGCAUUUAUGCCGAGGCCGACAAGGCUGGGCGAAGUGAGAACGAUCGGCCUCGAAUCUGGGUUACUUUCCGUCCUAUCAUUGCAGAGACCGACGAGCUUGCUUGGGCAAAAGCACACCAGACGCUGGAUGCACUGAACAAACAUCGAGCUAACGGCCAAGGCAAAGUGCCGCCAAAUGCCCCGCCGCCUCAGAAUGUGGGUUCUCAGCGACUCCUCGAAAUCGCUGCUCGUGGAGAAGUUCAAGAUCGUGCCCUUUGGUAUCCUACUGUGAGCGCGACUAAUGCACGUGGAGCAUCAACGGCGUUGGUCGGUUCACCACAGACAAUUUCUGAUUCCAUUUUGGAUUAUGUUGCACUCGGUGCUGAACUUAUCUCUAUUCGCGGUUACGACAAUCUUAAUGAUGCCAUUGACUAUGGGCGCUACGUAUUGCCCAAAGUCCGGGAAGCCUUAAAAUAG